UCCACGAUUCUCUUGUAGGCAAUUCCAGAAACCCUACCAGUCAAUGCUAUGCCCUGAAACCAUCCAUUAUUGCUCUCGUAAAACAACCAUAAAUACUCUCGGUUCAUAUGCUACUAACUCUCAUCCUCAUUGGUUUGUAUCUAUCUCAUUCUUCCAAGUCAUCUAGCUUCUUCCCGUCAUCUCUCAUGGCUUCCCGCUUCUUGUCCCACCCGGAGCCUAACCAGGUCCUUUUUGAGGAAAGUUCAUGUGUCCGAAAGGUGAUACUAAAUAGACCCCACAAGCUAAACAGUCUCACUUAUGAAAUGAUUUCUCAAAUUUUAAGGAAUUUGGAAGUGUAUGAGAAGGAUCCCAUUGUCAAACUUUUGAUUUUAAAGGGACAAGGAAAGACAUUUUGCGCUGGUGGAGAUGUUGUAGGAAUGGUUCUUUCUAUAAAUGAAGGACAUUGGAGCUUUGGUGCAAGCUUCUACAAGAAACAACUCACCUUAGACUAUUUACUUGCAACAUCUACAAAACCUUUGGUUUCACUUAUUAAUGGAAUUGUAAUGGGUGGAGGUGCUGGAUUGUCCAUGAAUUCAAUGUUUCGGGUUGUCACUGAGAACACUGUAUUUGCUAUGCCAAAAGGACAAAUAGGACUUUUCCCAGAUGUCGGUGCAUCAUAUUUCCUUUCUAGGCUCCCAGGAUAUUUUGGAGAAUAUUUAGGACUUACUGGUGCACGACUAGAUGGAAAGGAGAUGCUUGCUUGUGGUCUUGCUACCCAUUUUGUCCUCUCAAAGGAUCUUCUUCUACUGGAAAAUUCACUAUCUGAGGUGGCUUCUUCAGAUGCAUCAACCAUUUCUAGAGUUAUCAGUGGAUUCUCGAGCAAAAUAUCCUUAAAGAAAGAAAGCGCCUAUAGGAGAUUGGAGACAAUCAACAAAUGUUUCUCAAGGAGGACAGUUGAAGAAAUCCUAUCAAUGCUGGAAAAUGAGGCUGCAAAUGGAGAUAACAAGUGGAUAAUCCAAGCAAUAAGUUCCAUGAAGUCAGCUUCUCCGACAAGCCUUAAAAUUUUUCUUAAAUUGAUUAGAGAAGGGCGAACAAAAGAACUUAAAGAUUGUCUAAUCCAAGACUAUACAAUCGCUUGUCACAUGUUUCAAAGGACAUUCAAUCCUGAUUUCAUUGAGGGUUCAAGAGCAAAAUUAUUUGAGAAAGGCCAACAACCUAAGAGACUUUACUCAUUUCUAAGGGAAAAGAAACAACUUAUAUUCGAGUUAGGAGAACAGGGGUGCAACUACACAACUGUCCAUCAGGUCUCGAUCCCAUGACAAAAGCCCUCGAUUUGUCCAAUCUUCCCCUUCAGCCAAAAUCUUUGUAGAAAAUAACUUGAGUGCCUUAAAAUAACCUAAGAGGGGAUUCAAUGGGUUCCAUCAAUUAUCUGAGGCACACUUUUGCAUGCUGUUUAUUUCACCUUUAGAGGAAGGAAGACUAUUUUUAUAGCUUCUUUUGCUACCUGCUAAUUUUACAAGCAAUAUCUAAUGUAGAAAAAGAUGAUAUGAAUUUUUUGUCCAUCUAAUGGUCACAUGCCACAACAGCAAUGAUAAAGGGGAACAUAA